UUUGCCCCGCCCCUCUCUUCCAACCUUUCCCCGCCAUAAUCAAAAAAUAGAAAAGCAGUAUUUUUUUUAAUUACAAGAAAUUGAAGGGUGCUGGUGUUGACAGAGAUGUCCUUGCAUCUGAAAGCUAACAUGUAGAUCGAACAAGUCUGAAGAAGGGUGCUGACCCGAAAGGUCACCUAUCCAUCUCCAGAGAUGCUGCCUAACCAGUUGAGGUACCCUAGCACUUUGUCUUUGUUUGCUAAUUACUCAUCAAUUCUUGCCUAAUCGCGUUCGUUUACAACCAGUUAACUUGCACAACGAAUGGCUUUGCAGUAUAUCUUGCAUUGUUUCCAAAUGUCAAAUCCAGCAGUGCAACCACAAGUGGACAAUUAAAAACAAUAUGUAACUGGAAGGAGGAAAAGGAUAGGUGAUGUUUCGGGUUGGGAGCCUUCUUCUGACUGAAAGUAAGGGUGGGGGUCAAGAACUGGAGAUGAAACGGACGUUUCGAGUUGAGACCCUUCCGCAGACAAAGUGGUGGAGGGGGGUGGGGGGGAAAGAGGACUGAAGGCAAGUUAUAAUACGUCUCUGUCGUGAAUGUGGAUGUUUAAGUUAGAGAUAUCUUUAAAUUUUCAGGUUAAAUCAAAUAUGAUUUAUGUAACAUCUUAUACUUGUAAUUUAAGUAAUAUGUACCAUAUUAAAGCAAUAAAUUAUGGUUCAGAUCAUUCUGACAUUGAACCGGUUGUAAUUGCACAAAUAGAACUCUCAUUCUUUGGGGCAGCAAAGUAGCAUUGAAUUUCUCUAGUAAAUGGAUGCCGUACAUCUUGUUGUGAUGUUUAUAGAGGCAAAGAGCACAGAAACAUGCCUUCGACCCAACAUGUCCAUGCCAACCAAGAUGCCCCAUUCAAACUAGUCCCAUUUGCCCACCUUUGGCCCAUGUCCUUCUAAACUUUUCCUGUCCAUGUACCUCUCCACAUGUUAUUGUAAAUGAAGUUAUUGUACCUGCUUCAACUACCGAUCAUAUACCCACCAACCACCCUCUUUGUGGAAAAAGUUUUAGGUUUAGAGAUACAGUGCAGAAAUAGGCAUCACCCCACCGAGUCCACGCCGACCAAUGAUCAUCUGUUUUCUGUCUACCUUAGAUUUAAACCAGCAUCUGCAGUUCUUUCCUGCACAUCAUCUGUUUGCUAGUUCUAGCCUAUACACAAGGGACAAUUUACAGUAGCCAAUUAACCUAAAAAAAACGCAAGUUGUAGAAUGAGCGAGGAAACCGGAGCACCCGGAGAAAUCCCACGUGGUCACAGGGUGAUCGUACACACUUUGUACAGAUAGCACCCGUAGUCUGAAGAAGGGAUCAAUCUUGUGAACCUACGCUGCACUGCCUCAAUACAAAGGAUGUCCUUCCUCAAAUUAGACCACAACUGUACACCAUACUCCAGAUGUGGUCUCACCAGAACCCUAUACAACUGCAGAAGAACCUCUUUACUCCUAUACUGAAAUCCUCAUGUUCUGUCUAUCUUCGUUGUAAACUAGCAUCUGCAGUUCAUUUGUACACAAGUCCCAGGUUAAAUUCACAAUCCCUGUUGUUAGGAUUCAGCACACAUUCACAAGACCAUAAGACACAGGAGCAGAAUUAGGCCCAUCGAGUCGGCUUCGCCAUUUGAUCUGUUUUUUCCCCUUUCAACCCCAUUCUGCUGCCUUCAUCCCGUUGGGUUGGGCUGAAGAUAGACAUAAAAAUGCUGGAGUAACUCAGCGGGUCAGGCAGCAUCUCUGGAGAGAAGCAAUGUGUGAUGUUACGGGUCGUGACUCUUCUUCAGAUUGGGCUGAAGGGUCUGUUUCCGUGCUGUAUGACUCUGUAAUGAAUAGUUGGGAUGAGGCCUGGGUCAUGAAAAGCUUUCAAAUGCGGCAAUCAUCAAAUGCGAGGCCGCCCUUUGAUGUACUGUGCCGCAGAGGUGUACCAUUUGAAAGAAAAUGUCAGCCGUGACCAGUCACCCAGAAUCCCUGUCGCGAGGGAAAGGCCUGUAUCUCCGCAGUGGGCGGAGGGGCGUGCGCAUGUGCGGAGGGUCAUGGGCGAGGCCAGUGGCGGCGGCGGCGGUGGGACGAUGGCAGGUGAGAUGGAGACAAUGCAGCAAUCGGAUGCGGGAAACGGUUCGCAGGAUGCUGCUGCUGGUGCAGACAGAGACCCGAGGCGCUUCACCUGCACGGAGUGCGGCAGGAGCUUCAAGCAGCACUGCGACCUGAAGCGGCACGGCAGGGUGCACAACGGCGAGCGUCCAUACUGGUGCCCGUCCUGCAGCAAACGCUUCAGCACCUCCUACAACCUGCUGAUGCACCAGCUGAUCCACCGCGGGGAGAAGCAGUACAAGUGCAAGGCGUGCGGCCGCGAGUUUGUGCAGCAGCACCACCUGGUCACCCACCAGCGCACCCACACGGGGGAGAAGCCCUACCCGUGCCCGGUGUGCGGCAAGGCUUUCAGCCAGUCCUCCACCCUGACGGUGCACCAGCGCAUCCACGGCGAGGAGCGGCCCUACCACUGCCCCAGCUGCGGCAAGAGCUUCAAGACCUCGUCCAACCUGUCCAAGCACCGGCGGAUCCACGGCGGCGAGCGGCGCUUCGCCUGCGAGGUGUGCGGCCGGCGGUUCCUGCACUCCCACCACCUGGCCACCCACCGCCGCACUCACGCCGCCGACCACCCCUCCCCGUGCCCGCUGUGCGGCCAGCGCUUCGCCCACCACGCCCAGCUCCUGGCUCACCGCCGCGCCCACGCCGGCGAGCCCCCUUACAGCUGCCAGACCUGCGGCAAAGGCUUCGGCCAGCGCUCCACCCUGGUGCGGCAUUGGCGCACACACACCGGGGAGAGGCCCUACGCCUGCCCCAUCUGCGGCAAGACUUUCCGCCAAAUCUCCACCAUGCAGGUGCACUACCGCACACACUCCGAGGACCGGCCCUACUGCUGCCUCCAGUGCGGCAAGGGCUUCAAAAGCGCCUCCAACCUCAUCGGGCACCAUCGCGUCCACAGGAGUUAGAGCAACAAUCCACAAUCACCGGACCAGGCCCAGAGAUCGUGGGGCCACAACAGCAACAAAAGCUUUUCACUGUACCUCGGUACACGUGACAAUGAACUAAACAAAGACACAAAGCAUAUAAUAGAAAACGUCUGGAACCUUGUCCUUCAUCAGUCAGGGUAUUGAGUAUAGAACGUGGGAUAUUAUGUUACAGAACAUUGGCAAUGAUAGGGCGACAGGGUGGUGCAGCAGUAGAGUUGUUGCCAUGCAGUGCCAGAGACCCAGGUUCGAUCCUGACUACGGGUGCUGUCUGUACGGAGUUUGUACGUUCUCCCCGUGACCUGCAUGGGUUUGCUUCCCCGAGUGCUCCAGUUUCCUCCCACACUCUAAAGACAUACAGGUUUGUAGGUUAAUUGGUUUUGGUGAAAAUUGGAAAUUGUCCCCAAUGUGUUGGAUAGUGCUAGUGCACAGGGAUCGCUGAUGGGCCUGUUUCCGCGUUCCAUCUCCAAACUAAACUGCAAAGACACGAAGCAUAGAAACCUGGUACAUUGUCCUUCAUCAGUCAGAGUAUGGAGGAUACUCAAAAAGCUGGGGUGACUCAGCAGGACAGGCAGCAUCUUUGGAGAGAAGGUAUGGGCGACGUUUCGGGUCGAGACCCUUCUUCAGACAUGGAAGUUGGGAUGUUCAGUUACAAGACAGAUGAUGUUAAAAUCGGCGGCAUGAUAGAUCGCGAAGAUGGCUUUCAAAACCAGCAGGAUCUUGAUCAGUUGGGCAAGUGGUCACUUGAUCAGUUGGCUCUUGGAGUUUAAUGCAGAUGAGUGCGUGAGAAAAUAAAUAACCACCAACACUCGACGGAGUAAUAAUCCCUGCUCCUCCCUGUUAGACGAAUCAGAAUUUGAAACCAAGGUGACUAACAUUCCCUCACUCAGGGCACAGAUACCAUUUCCUCAGAAACUGCAAUUGGUGUGAAAAUUUCCAAAUAAAAGUCACAGAACUGGUAAAUGACAUUUUGCAAAGCUGACAGUAUAUAUAUUAGACAUUCCUGUUGAACAUUUGCAUAAACCUUCCAUGUUUAUGUUUGAUGUGGGCGGCACGGUAGAACUGCUAAAUUACUGUGUCCUCUUUAUCGACACUAAACUCCUACAGCCAAAUUUUCAGUACUAUAACUCAUUUUCCAGUAAUUCAAUAAGUGGGCUGUAGAAGAGGUCCUAUGUUUUGGAUUGUUUAAGCUGAAAUUAGGGUGGCACGGUGGUAGAGUUGCUGCCUUACAGUGCUUACUGGAUUCGAACCCGAAGACGGGUGCUGUCUGUACGGAGUUUGUACGUUCUCCCUGUGACUGCCUGGGUUUCCUCCAAGAUCUUUAGUUUCCUCUCACACUCCAAAGACGUACAGGGGUUUCUAGGUUAAUUGGCUUGGUGUAAAUGUAAAAAAAUUGUCCCCAGUGUGUGUAGGAUGGAGUUAAUGUGUGGGGGUCGCUGGUCGGUGCCAAGGGGACUGUUUCCACGCUGUAUCUGUCAACUAAACUAAACCCAUAUUGUUCAUGAUUCAGGGAAAUCGGCACAGCACGCCAUAAUAUGUACUGCUUCCUGGAAUUUCUGAUGUAAUUCUAACCACUGGGUUUUUUGAGGCAAAUUAAUAAUAAAUGUAGUCAUGGAUGAUGAGUUGGAAAG